UUACGGACACGUAUUGAAAAUUAAAAGUUUUCUUCUUGACCUAUAUUUUUCAAUAUUAUUUCUCUUGAAAAAAAAAAAACAAUCUAAUGAUUAAAACCAUAAAACCACUAAAACUAUGUUGAAAUGGCGAGUUUAGAUGAUGAUAGCCAUUCUAGUGAUUGGAUAUUGGAAUUAGAAAAUGCCAUACUGGAAGAAUGUUCUGCAGCCGAUAUUUAUUGCAUAUGCAAAGGCAAAGCCCUUCCUGAAACAUUGAGGUCAGAAAUUUGGCAGAUUUGUCUUGAUGUUAGAGAUAAAGGUAACCAGUUGGAUCAGUUCAAUGAAGUAUAUGACUUACCAAAUCAAAAUGUGUUGAGGGAAGAUUGUACAAGUUUUGUAGCUAAACUUGGGAAUGAUGAAGAAGACAGGCUUUCUGUAACAUCAGAUGUAGAAUCCAUCUUGACAUUUUAUUGUAAAAGUAGAAACAUUCCUUAUGUUCGUGAGAAUGGGUGGAUGGAGCUAUUGGCUCCUAUCCUCACACUGAAAGUGCCAAGAUCUACAACUUAUAACCUCUUUGAAGCAAUAAGGGACACAUACAUACCUCAGAGUUGUCACAGUAAUGGAAAUGCAUUUCAUAUCUUGAGGUUGUUACUGUUAUACCAUGAUCCAGAACUCUGUUCUUUUUUGGAUACCAAGAGGAUAAUUCCAGAACAGUAUUGUCUUUCAUGGUUUCAGUCACUUUUUGCAGCAACAUGCAACUUGGAAGUGGUGAUGAAUAUGUGGGAUAACUAUUUCCAGCAGUCUGAUCCUUUCUUCAUAUUUUUCUUGUCCUUGAUCAUGGUUGUGAAUGCCCGUGAUCAAAUAAUUUCCAUGAAAGAUGAGUCAAGAGAAAAAAUCAUAACUUGUCUAACUAACAUGCCUUGUGGUCUAGAAGCUGAUGAUGUAUCUGAUUUUUGCACUCUAGCACAAUACUAUGCUCUUAAAACCCCUGUUUCUUUUAGAAAUGACCUUGUACAAAGUAUUUAUAGUGAUUCAGCAUCAGUUUCUCAGGCUUUGUGCCUACCUGUCUCUGUACACGAAUUGGUGGAAAAUACUACACAAGAGACUUCAAAUGUGGAUGCAGUCAGAUUCUUCUUAGUUGAUUGUAGGCCUAUUGAGCAUUAUAAUGCUGGACAUUCCCCAAAUGCCUUUCACUUGGACUGCAAUUUGAUGUUACAAGAACCUAGUGCUUUUGCUACUGCUGUUCAAGGACUCCUCAGUGCUCAAAGGCAAGCAUUGGCACACAAAUCUAAUGCAGGUGGAGAACAUUUAUGUUUCCUCGGUUCAGGCCGAAACGAAGAAGACCAAUUCACCCACAUGGUGGUGGCUUCCUUUCUUCAGAAGCACACCCAAUACGUCUCACUCUUAAGCGGAGGGUACAUAGCGCUCCACAACUAUUUCGCCGACAACCUCGACGUCUUGCACGACCACCAACCGAGGAGUUGCAUAGUCUGCGCCCCCAAAUACGCGAUGAAAAGCUCGCAAGAACCAUCGAAAAGUGUGCAAUCCAACGACCUUUUCGGGAAAAUCUCGGCGGCGAUGAAGUCCAAGUCGGCGGAGGUGAAGGGGAAGCUGAUCGAUUAUAUCGUGAAUCCGAACGGGGUCGGCUCGGUGCAGGAGAGGCAUGUUUCCAGCAGCGAUAAAAUCGGGAAGAGGUACAGGAAUGUGGCGCCCGUUUUCAGCAUCGACGAUGAUCAUGAUAAUAUGGCCAAUGUGGAGCAAAUCGACUCUGACGAAAAACAAGAAUUAGUGCAAAUCCAGGCGUACUUGAAAAACCCGGAAAUAGUGGAGCAUUUCCCGUGCCAGGAGGUGAAACUGAACGGCUUCAUGUACAAAAGCCACCUGAUCGUCACCAAGGCGGAGUUGAUUGUACUUAGAGAGAUCCCGGACAUGAAAGGAUCGGCCGAGCUGAUAGUGAAAAGGCCGCUCUCGGCCAUCGUGAAAAUAACAGCUAGAAAACGACAUCCGGAACUCAUUACUUUCAAGUAUGGGGUGCCUGAUGGAGAGAAUCUGAAGAUUUCCGAUAUGGAUCGGUUUUUGAUACCGAAUGCAGACAAGGCUACGAAAGUAGUUUCAGAUCAAAUACUUAUGCAACUUAAAGCAAAAGAGUGAUUUAUUUGUAAGAAUGAUGAGUGAUAUUUAUUUGUUAGAACAGGAAUGUAAAGUAUUGCUUUAAUAAGUUAUUAAAAAGUUAUGAGAUUUU